AUGGGAUUUGAUAUUUGGCAAGUAAUGAAAAAUCUUUUCCUGAAACUAUUAAAAGAAAACUUUCCAAGAAAACUCUUUAAAGCUUUUAAUGUUGAUCUGAGCUGCUGUCUAGUUAGAAUGUUAUUGUUAAGUUUGUUUGUUGUUGUGUUGUUUCUAGACGAGCGAGAAGUUGUUGUCGGCAAAGAUCAAAUACUACCGGUGAUGGUUUUACAUUUAACAUGCAGUCCAUGUAAGAAGAAGAAAUCAAAGUGCUGCAGAAUUAAGUAA